GGUUUGUUUCCAGGAAGUGAGCAGCGUGACUCUUCUCCUGGCCCUGGAACACGCUUCAAUUUUCUGCCUCCGUUUCUCACUCGAGUCUAUAGUUUUGUCUCCAAAAUGGGCGACGACGAGGAGAAGUACGACGGGAUGCUGCUGGUUAUGGCGCAGCAACACGAAGGAGGAGUGCACGAGUUAGUAAACACAUUUUUUAGUUUCCUGCGACGCAAAACGGAUUUCUUCACCGGUGGAGACUCGGGAGCAGCAGAGCAGCUCGUCAAGGAGGCCUUCGGCCGCCACAGCAAGCUGGCCCUGAAGGCCCACAGAGAGAAGCAGGCCAAGCAGGAGAAAGAGAAGAAGGAGAAGGCCGAGCGAGCCGCCAAGCUGGCCGAGGAGGAGAGGAAGAAGAAGAAAACCGAGGACGGGCCGAGGAUUCAGGAGCUGACCGACGAGGAGGCCGAGAAGCUUCAGUCCGAGCUGGACAAAAAAAAGAGUCAAGAAGAGGACAUGAAGAAUGUAACAGUAGAAGAAACGUCAAGCAACGAAACGAAAGAGAAAGGGUCUGACUCUGAGGGGGAGGAAGAUGAGAAGGACAAAGAUAAAAUAAAGCCAAACGCAGGAAACGGAGCUGAUCUGCCGAACUACAAGUGGACUCAGACUCUUUCUGAAGUGGAUCUGGUCGUGCCUUUCGACGUGAAGUUCCGCAUCAAGGGCCGAGACGUGGUGGUGGACCUCCAGCGGCGCUCCAUCAAGGUGGGGCUGAAAGGCCACCCGCCCGUGAUCGAGGGCCAGCUGUACAGCGAGGUGAAGGUGGAGGAGAGCUCCUGGCUCAUCGACGACGGCAAGGUGGUCACCGUCCACUUCGAGAAGAUCAAUAAGAUGGAGUGGUGGAGCCGGAUCAUCACCACAGACCCAGAAAUCAACACCAAGAAAGUCUGUCCAGAGAACUCAAAGCUGUCGGAUCUGGACGGAGAGACGCGCGGCAUGGUGGAGAAGAUGAUGUACGACCAGAGGCAGAAGUCCAUGGGCCUGCCCACGUCCGAGGAGCAGAAGAAACAAGACAUCCUGAAAAAGUUCAUGGCUCAGCAUCCAGAGAUGGACUUCUCAAAAGCUAAAUUCAGCUGAGACAGACUCGUUUCUCCUGUAGGAAGUUAUCAGACACCAUCUGUUUACUGGACAUGCUUCCCGUCAGUGUCUCAGUUUUCCUCAGUAGUCGCUUCAACUGAAAUAACAGUCUCAUUGUCCUUUUGCAUGUGGUUCGCAUAUUUGUUUUUUAAAUAAAUGACUGUAAAACAGGA